UAGAAAGGGAAAAGAAAUAUUAAGCUCCAAAAACGCAGCUGUUGCCGUCACCAAUGUCCCUUCCGCAUUUCCCAGGCUCAACUGGUGCAGGCUUUUUUUUCAAGUCAUCCCCAACAAAUUAUUUUACUUAUAACCCAUCAUUCAUCCUUCAUUUCACUCCUCCUUCCUCACUUUAAUUUCCCAAAACAAAAAAAAAAAAACAGAAAUUCAUCCCAAAUUCGUCUUCAUUGACUUCCACCAUUUUUUCAUCUUUUUUUCUCUCUCCUAUGAAGAUUGUUCUUCAAUGUAUUUGAUGUUUCUGGGUUCAAGGAAUCUCUCAUCUUCAUUGGGUAAAUCUUUGAAUCUCUGAUUUUUUUUGUGUGUUUUUUGCACCUUUUUUAACCCCUUUUUUUCCGGGGUUUUAUGGAUGUGAUCAGUUUGAUUCGAUAUUCGUCCUCACCGAAUCUUCAUGAGAUCCUGUGGUUUGUUCAUGUCUUCAUUUGAUCCUUCACUUAAUUAUACCUCAACUUUUAUCUGUCAAAUAGAUCAAUUUUUGUUCCUUUUUUCAAAUUACAAACGAUGGACUCGAUUUUUCUAACCCUAGAUUGGGUUUGCUCUAAUUUCUAUCUGUGAUAGAAUUAAAUUUGUGGGUAUUUUGUUUUGAUGUUGAUUUCUAUUGAUUCACAACAUGAUGAAAAAAGGGAUUAAUUGGGUUUCUGAAAAUUGAAAACCCUAGAUUUUGGGGAUUUUAUAGGACGGAUUAACCAGGGUAAGAAUCUAUAUAUGAUGGGGGAAACUCUAUUGACAACCUUAUCGAUUGAGAACUACCAUCCUUCUACUGUGUUGUCCAUGGAUUCGAGCUCGUCAUCCCAUGAUGAAUCUGAGAGAGAUGUAAAUCGGUCAGUCCUUCAAUCGGGGCCACCCGAUAUCAAUCUCCCGUUGUCUGUGGAACUUAGUGUGCUCCCUCAAUUGUGGAAUGAUAGUUGUGAGAUUUUAGAUGUUGGGUUAGGCCCUCAAGUUACUGAGGCCGUGGCGAUUGUGAGUGUUCCUAAAGUGGGUAGGAAAUGCGCGAAACGCGUUGAUAGUAUAUGGGGUGCUUGGUUUUUUUUCAAUUACUAUUUCAAGCCUGUCAUGAAGGAGAGUUCCAAGUGUAAGAUCACUAGGGAUAGCAAUGGUUGGGGUGGUUUUGAGAAAUCUGACUUGAAACUCGAUGCUUUCUUAGUACAGCAUGAUAUGGAGAAUAUUUACAUGUGGGUGUUUAAAGGGAGGCCUGAGAAUGCGUUAGGAAAGAUGCAAUUGAGGAGUUUCAUGAACGGGCAUUCUAGGCAAGGUGAGCGCCCUUUCCCUUUUAGUGUUGAUCGAGGAUUCGUGAGGUCACAUAAAAUGCAAAGGAAACACUAUAGAGGCUUGUCUAACCCCCAGUGUGUUCACGGAAUUGAACUGGUUUCUUCACCUGAUCUUACGGGCUUAGAUGAAUGCGAGAAGAAGAGGUGGUUUGAGCUUACAGGUCGAGAUACAAAUUUCUUAAUACUUGAGGAAGCAAGUGAUUUUGGUUCUUGGAGAAAUCUCCCACCCAUGGAAUUUGAGCUGGAACGUCCUGCUCUUUCUUCUAAGGGUACUCAAAGAAAGGUGAUUCCUGAUACUGGUCUGAACUUUUCGUCCGUAUCUAAGAAUGGCCUCAGUAAUGGGGUGGAUCUUUCUCAUGUUGCUAAGAAACAAAGAAAAGACUUCUACUCUAAUGGCAACAUUGACAAUGAAUUUUUAAGAAUCAAUUCACAUUCUGAUAGUAUAUUGGAUGUAGAAUCUCAUCUGGUUGAACCAAUAUGGUCAAAUGAAUUUAGCGGGGUGAUGAAGAAUGUCUAUGGUCCAGUCACAGGUGCAAAAAGUAUAUAUGAGGAUGAAAAGGGGUUCUUGGUUAUUGUAAGUCUGCCCUUUGCUGAUUUCCAGAGGGUGAGAGUUACAUGGAAGAAUACUCCCACUCACGGAAUUGUGAAGGUGGCCUGUGUCAGCACAGCAUGCUCACCCUUGAUUAAGAGACAUGGUAGGACAUUCAAACUGACUGACCCGAUGCCAGAGCACUGCCCUCCUGGAGAGUUCCUUCGGGAAAUUUCCCUGCCUACAAGGAUUCCCGAUGAUGCCAAGCUUGAAGCCUAUUAUGAUGAAUCUGGAACCGGACUUGAGAUUAUGGUCCCGAAACAACUUGCAGUACUUGAAGAGCAUGAAGUCCAUGUUUGUCUUCGGCCCUCUCCUUGGGUUUGAUUGAAGUAGCUUUAUCUUGACAUGCAAGAAGCCUUAGUGUAAGAAUGUUUACAGAUGUUUACAGUGGAAUUAUCCCAUAUCAUUGAUUACUAACUGUACUCAUAUAAUGAAAAUUUCUUGGAGGUUACUUGUUUUUCUUUUAUAA